AUGCAGGACAUUAUUGACCAUUUACCUAAACUACCUGAAAUCCAACAACAAAAACUCACUAUUCCUGAAUUCGAUGAAAUAGAAGUCAAAGCAACUGACUCAGUAGAAAUAAAGAAGUUCAUACGUAAAGUAAAUUAUGAAUUCCUUGGUUUUCAUUGCAACCAUAAAGUUAUGGACAAAGAUUGCGACAUGGUUUAUAAGAAUGUUUCUGACAUAUAUAAAUCCGGGGAGUUUAAGACCUACGACAACUUUGUUUCGUUAGUUGCAGAAUGUGUAUGGCAGAUAAGAGAUAAAGAUAGAAGAGGUAAGGUAUGGAAUGAACAAAUAAGACCCGCUAUGUUUGAGAUGAAGAGAGCAAUUGACGCUUUAGUUGUUUUAGCUGGUUUUAUUUCAAUGUAUAACGCAAAAAUGAACCCACAAUGUUCUAAAUGUAAAGCAGCAAUUAGGAAAUAUAACUACUCCGUCAAAGAGAUAGAAAGAAUGCGAAACGACUAUGCAGACUUAAAGAAAGAAGCAGAAAAGCCAGCAGAAGAUAAAAUGGACAUGUUAGCAUUUCUGAACAAAAACUAUCCAACAGCAGAAGAUUUCCUAUUAUCUGACGUCAAGAAGAAGUAUAAAGAAACUUUCGGCAUUGUUAAAACAUUCGAUGUACUAAAAGAAGAAAUAGAAGCUACAAAACUGUUUAGGAUUUCAAAUAUACAUCGUACAAUUCAUGUAAAACGCUUGUGA